AUGUUUACAUUUGCUUUCCAGACUCGAAUUAAAACGCCGGACAAACUAGACAAUUACACUUUAACAAUUUUACCCGAUUUGCCGCCUGAGCAUUUAAAGCAAUUCUUGAAUACGUUUCCAAAAAUCAGAACUGAGUGCGAGCAAAUCCAAGAGUGUCAGAAUAUAUUAAAGACAUUUAAUAAUAUCAGUCAAGUGCAGGGAAAUGAGAUAUCAUCUGCUGCUAAAGAAGGCCAAGACAGCGGCGUAUGUUGGGGACAUGAAAUUAACUGCACAAGAGAACUGCGCUUCCAAACUCCUUCUUGCUCUGCCGAUCAUACGGGUUGGGUGCAAAGUAAAGAGGCCCAAAUCAAUACGUUUUAUUAUCAAGCCGAUUUUGGUUACAUACAACAGCAGAUUAAUGAAUUAUUAUUAAUGUGCGAACCAAAAUUUUUGACCGAUUCCUCUUUGGAAUGCAAUAAAUAUUUAAAAUUCUGUCGUGGUCGCAAUUUGUUGCUCGAUUUCCGUAAUUUAGCUGGGCGGGCAGAACGUAUACGCUAUCAUAUGGAUGUGUUAAAUGAGGGUGGAAUUAAAGGAUAUUGCAGAUUCAAUAGAAGCCUCUUGACUGAAGAAUUAAGUCACAUGGGUGCCUUGCAAUCGUGGUCGCCAGAAUUACGCAAUUUUGUGGAGGCCGACGAGUCCAUAAUUGAAAAUGAAACAAUUUGUGAUAUGUUUAUCACCACGCCCAAAUUUUUAAUGAAAAUCGACGCCUCAUACAAUAUGUAUCACCAUUUUUGUGAUUUUUUUAAUCUAUUUGCCACAUUGUUUGUGAAUCAAACACAUCCUUCGGCCUUCGAUCUCAACACGCAAGUGAUCAUUUGGGAAACUUAUCCCUACGAUUCACCAUUCGCUGUUACAUUUAAAGCAUUCUCAAAGAAUCCUGUUUGGACCUUGAAUCAAGUAAAAGGGCAACGUAUUUGCUUCCGUAAUGUUGUGUUACCACUAUUACCGCGUAUGAUAUUUGGUUUAUAUUACAAUACACGCUUGAUCCAUGGCUGUGAAAAGAGUGGUUUAUUUCGCGCUUUCUCAGAAUUUAUUUUGCAUCGUUUGCGCAUACCUUUCCAUCCACCCCGCCGGAAAAUAAGAAUCACAUUUCUAGCAAGGCGCACCAAAUAUCGCCGUGUUUUAAAUGAGGAUGAAUUAAUAGCGCAACUUGCGUCUGAUGAAGAGUACAUAGUGAAAAGAAUAUCUUUCGAAAGAGGUUUAAAUUUCUUGGAACAAUUGACAAUAACGCGUAAUACAGACAUUCUAAUUGGUGUACAUGGAGCUGGCUUAACGCACCUCCUCUUUUUACCUGACUGGGCUGGUGUUUUUGAGCUGUACAAUUGCGACGAUCCGAACUGUGAAGCGCUUGAAAUUAUGCCGCGCACUGGUCAGCGGCCAUUCGUAGUCAAAACAAUUCUGAUGAAAAAGAUCUCAUGCGGUCGUUCAGCCCCUUUUAAAUUGUUAAUUAUUCAUCAUUAA